CUCUCCAAACAAAGAUGGUUCGAGCUCUGAAUCUCCUUCUCACUGGCUGUCUGCUGCAAGGUGCCCUGUGUAGGAAAUUUGAGGUGUUCAUGCCAGAAACUAUAAAGGUUCUGAGUGGAUCCUGUGUGACCAUCCCCUGCUCCUUUGACAUAAAGGAUGAAUAUGACAAAAACUUAGACAGCACAUGUAAAGCUAUAUGGAAAAAUAACAAUGAAAUCAUAUUUGAUAGCAGCACUCCACAACAAAGUACCAUCAAGGGAAAUUUGACAGGAAAUUUACUAAAGAAAGACUGCAGCACAAUGCUCAAUAACAUGCAUCCUGAUUACAACGGCAACUAUCAUCUUAAACUGGAGUGUAACAAUGUUCUGAAAUUGAAUUUUCAGAAUAAACAACUGAAAAUUCAUGUCACAGCUGAUCCUCCCACACUAGCUCUGACUCCGUCCACACUGAAAGGGAAGGAGGGAACCUCAGUGAGUUUGACAUGCCGUGCUCCAGCCCCCUGUCUGUCUCAUCCACCAGCUCUGACAUGGACCCCCAGCCUGGGUCACAGUCAGGAGACACUGCAGGAGAAUGAGAACAAAACUAAAGACAUGACCUCUGUUCUGACCUUCACUGCCUCUCACCUCCAUCAUGGAAAGGAAAUCUCCUGCACUGCUGCAUACAACAAACAAGACGGCAGCACUGGACCAUCUAUUAGCAGAAGUGUAACAGCUGAUAUUUCAUAUUUGCCCCAAGACAUCACAGUGUCAGUCAGUCCCUCUGGUUCAGUACCAGAGGACAGCAAUGUGACACUGACAUGCAGUAGUAAUGCCAACCCAGCAGUGAGGAACUAUACCUGGUAUAGUGCUGACGGAGGCCAGGAGAUUUUCAUGGGGACUGGAAGUUUUUUAAAGAUUAAAGCUCCUAAAGCUUCUUUUUUCUGCAAGGCUGAAAAUGAUCUUGGAGCUGGACGAUCCAAGAACAGUCAAAUAGAUUUUCAAUUUGCUCCAACGAUCCUACCCUCAUCUGAUUGUGCCAAACCUACAGGCCAGAUCCACUGUUCCUGUGAGAGUAUGGGAAACCCCUCUCCCAAGUUACAUUGGUAUUUGGAUGGGUUACCACAUCAUUAUUGUGAAUAA